UGUUUCUAAAGUUCCUAUUCAUUGUGCGCUUCACACUCCUUUCCAGUAGGUGGCGGGAAUGCACCUUUUAAGUUGGUUUGCCAACCGCCAUUAAAUCCUAAAAGAAGAAGAAGAAGGACGAAUAUUGGCCCUCAUUGGUCACUGUAGAGGCGGCGGGAACAUGAAACAAGUUAGGGACAGUCACUAACAUUUCUGUUUUAUGUAACGUUAGUUAAAUCGCAUUACUAUUAUUAUCCUAACAGAAAACGUCUUUUAAGUUGACUUUCACUCAGAGGAGAAAGUAAAACAGGCGGAAUCUGAUAAUGGACGCGGUGAGGUGCAGUGUGGAGUAUUUAUCUGAGUUCAGUGACUGUCAGUCACACUCAGUGCGCGUUAUUCAGGACGGUGUGAAUCUUUUCUUGACCCGCGGAGACCGAGAUGUGCUCAUAUUCAAUAUCCAGGAGAGGAGAGUCACGACCGUGAUGCUGUUUGAAGCCUCAGUGAUAAAUUUGGCAUUAAGUGACGAUAAACAUCGACUUUAUGCACUUUGCGCGAACGGUGGGCUUUACUGCACCCCUUUACCACCACAGCUCAGUUCUUCUGUCCGGGUGAACAAAAGUCCUGACAGUGUGCAGUAUACUGUGCCAGAUGAUUCAAUUGUCCUGAAAAAUGCCAGCCUACAAGCGUUCACCAUAGUUGAGAAGAUCCUUGUGACUCUUAGCCUUCACAAGUCUGUCUGGAGUUUUGAUCUCUACGAAGAGCCUGGAUCCAGACCCCUUCAUAAACUUGCAUGUUUCCAGGUUGUAACUCUAAACACAUGCUGUUUAAACUUAACAGACAAAGAAAAAAGUGUGAGUUCACCUCCAGUAUUAACUUGUAUCUACCCCGAAGGAUCCACAUCAGUCAGCACUGACCAAUCUGACCUCCGUCCCCAUCUUGAGCCCCAUCUUUUCAGGCUUUUAUUUGGAGUGGAUGCCUCUUUAGUCAAUUCUCCAGUCAUUCUGUGUGGUUUACCUGAUGGACGUAUUUGCUGCUUUCCUUUGCUCGUCCCCACCCUGGCUGGUCCUACAGGAGAGCAGAGAUCUCCAGUCAGAGUCCUCCAGAGCUUAGAGCAGCCAGUCGUAUUUAUUGGAACCUGCAUUUCUGGAGAACACGGACCUCAGUGUCUUGUUGCAGUUGGUCAAAGAGGCAAACUUCUAAUUGUCAGAAGUAAACAAGCAAGCAUGGAAGGAAAAAAGGCAGAUUAUAGCUUCAAUGAGCAUAGUGUACGAGGACCAGUGCUGUGUGCCUGUGUUGAUGAUAAGCGGCUGUACUACAGCUCUCUCAAUGACCUACACGCUCUUCAGCUCACCACAACAUCUUCAUCAGAAGCAACAGGAACUGAGUCCCAACUGCAAGCUCUGACCUCUGACAGUCUUGGUGUAUGCAGGGCUAUAGCACUUGCUGGGCCAUAUACUAACCCCACAGGAUCUGUGCAGCUUUUGGCAGUAUCUUUGAGUGGAAGACUGCUUCGCGUGAACCUUCCUCAAGGAUCUGAAAAUGUUCCCAGGUUGCCCUCAUCUCUGGCAGGCCAGAGAGUGAAAGACCUUCUGGCUUCCAUCGCAAACAUCUGGGAGAGGGCGGAAUCCUUGAAACACAAGCUUCAGGAGAAAAAUGAGUCUCUCAAACAUCUUAAUCAAGUCAUAAAUGUUUGCAGCCUAAUGUUGGACAACCAUGGGAAUGAAAAGGUGUGUAAUAUGGGCACCAAGCGUCCAAUCAGCUGUUGUGGUGUAGCUAGAUGGAGCUCGUUGCUCCAAAGAGACUCUUUGACUCUCACAUGUGUGCUUGAAAAUUCAAGUGGAUGUACAUUGGAACAUGGCUGGACUUUGUGCAUUCAGGUCCAUCCAUUAUCCAAGGGUCCAAAUAUGGAAGGCUCAUCUGGGACAUACUCAUUCCCAUUCAUGAAACUGGAUUCUGGUCAGAAACUGGAUGUAACCAUUCCCCUUGAAAGCACUGGCGGGCUGUCUCUGCCAGUGAAAGUCUACUGUUCUCUUGUCUUCUCCCUUUCUGCUCUGUUUAGUCCUGAAGCAUCUUCUCCUGGUGUUUCCCAGCUCCUAACAGAGAUGGGCUCCAUCAGUGCACCUUUGAGUACUUUAACAGUUGACUGGCUUGAUGCUUUAAGGCUAGAUGGAUCAUUUUCUAAUGGUAAUAUCAGACACAACACUGUCACUGAUGGCAUCCAAACCUUCCUGCGUUCCAGAGGAGCUAUAACCAGAGAUUCUGAUACUACUACCAAGUCAGGACCCAUCACAGUGAUGGUCAGGGUAUCAUCACAGCUUCUAAAUACCAAACUGCACCUCUCAGCAACCAGCAGUACAGAAAGAUGCAUGUCUGUGCUAAACUGGUUGGUAUCACCUGAGGAGAGAGGACAAAUGUCGGUACAAAGUCCAGUGGUUUGUGCCUACAGUCCAGAUGGAUGCUCUGUCAAGCUUCUGGUCAAAGAGGUAACACUGGGAGAUUUCUGUUCUGAUGGACCUCUUGAAGUCUUGGAGAUUCGGGUGGAAAGUUCAUCUGUGGCAGCGGUGUGUGGACUGCAUCAUGCCAUUCUAAGGCGCCUUCAGAUCAUGACAUUUUCAACAGGUCUUGCUCAGAGACGCGGCUGUGAAAUGUGUUCAUACAAAACAGCUAAAGGCACAGAGCUUGAUUGAAGCCGUACGGCAUGUUGAGUCUCUAUGAAGACCUUCAGGAUGCUCAGAAUCAAGAAGCUCUUGGUGGCACAAUGAAGACGAAUAAGAACUCUGAAAUCCUGUUCCGCAUUUUUCUGCAGCUGAGGGCAAAUCCACUGGUCAUUCUCUGAUUGAAGUACACCAUCAUAAUUCUUUAUUGCAUAUAUUUUUUAAUACAGUAGAGGUUGUUAUUCCAUACUGUUUUACUUUUAGGAUACAAAUCCCAUGCUUUCUUUUUUGUGUGUCCCAUUCAUCAUCACUUAUUCCAUAAUCAAUAAAACAUUGUCUAUAUAAACAGAGGUAUGGAGAAAAGUACAGAGGAAAAAAA